GAGAUCGAGUUUGAGGUCUUCGCAUUCGCUUGACACAUUUCCAUCCAAACACAGACUUUGCGCGGCUUCUCUGCUGGCGCGAAGAGCCUUCCUGUGUGACUCUGAAAAGGCUAAGACAAUGCAAGAUGGACACCGAGGCCAUCACUUCCGCCCUCUUGUCCACAACCCGUAGUGCCUCCGCUCUCGCAAGUGAAGAUCUCGCCUUCCACCGCUCACUAUCCAACUCCCUCGCUUCUGCGCUCGAUCGCCAGAAUGCGCGUCUUCUGGCUCUUUCGGACCGCCUUCUCGGCGUUGCGGCUCCGAAUCCGUCGGCUGUACGUUCCCGUCUGAGCGACAUCGACGCUGCAGAAGGCAAUUGGCGGGCGGUGGUUGACGUCGUCGAUAGCUUGCUGGAGCGCGCCGAUACCGCCCUUGAUGAGUUUACGGGCGCUGUGAAGCGGCUGAGUCCUGGAGCGGUGGAGCAGAUGCAAAAGGUGGGGAAGAGGCAGGAUGAACGAACCAAGUUAGAUUGGAGGAAGAGUGACAUCGAGAAGCCUCAACUGCUGUUUGAGAAUGUGCCGACCAACAACGAGACGGGGCCGUUUUUGCCAUUGCUGCAAAGCAAGCCGCAUGCCAUGCGUCCCAAGGAAGAGUCUGCACCUGGAUUGCAUCCAUACCAGAGCGAGAUCUUGGACUACCGUUGGCCUGCUGAGCUCUACACCACCGCCGAGCCGUCAAUGUACACUCCUUUCGAAGAAUCGACCGCAACCUUCGUCGAUACUGAAGAUGCCAUGUACGAAAUGCUAGAGGAGCUAAAGCAGGCGAAGGAGAUUGCCGUCGAUCUCGAACAUCACGAUCUUCGUUCAUAUGUCGGCAUUGUCUGCUUGAUGCAAAUCAGCACACGCAACAAGGAUUGGAUAGUAGACACGCUCAAGCCAUGGCGGCGGAAGCUGUCAUGCUUGAACGAGGUCUUUGCCAAUCCGAGCAUUCUCAAGGUGCUUCACGGAGCUUACAUGGAUGUCAUCUGGCUGCAGCGUGACUUAGGGCUGUAUCUCGUCGGCCUGUUCGACACGCACUACGCUUGCAGAGCCCUUGGCUAUGCUGGCGCAAGCCUGGCCUUUCUGCUCAAGAAAUUUGCCAACGUGGAUGCGCAAAAGCAGUAUCAGACGGCUGAUUGGCGGAUACGACCGCUACCACAGGAGUUGCUCGAUUACGCUCGUAGCGACACGCACUAUCUUCUCUACAUCUUCGAUAACAUGCGCAACGAGCUGGUGCAACGAUCCACCUUCGGCAAAAUGGAUCACGAGGGCGACAAGCUUUGGGACGUACUCCAGAAAAGCUCAGAGACGGCUCUGCAACGCUAUGAGCACCCUGUCUAUGACUUUGACCUUGGACAAGGCACCGUGGGCUGGUACAAAUUGUUAGCUCGCACUUCAGCAACCCUCAGCAAAGAACAGUUCAGCGUCUUCCGCGCAGUUCACAGAUGGCGGGAUAACGUAGCGAGGGAGCAGGAUGACAGCGCCCACUAUAUCAUGUCUAACCAUCACAUCUUCAGCAUUGCCAAGUCCAUGCCUACCACGAAAGCGGAGCUGCUAGGCAUAGCAUCGACGCAGAACGUUCGCUUGCGAGCCGACGAGCUGUUAGCUGUUAUCACACAAGCGAAGGAUGAUGGUAGGGACGGACCAGAGUUGAUGGACGUACUCAAUAAAGUGGAGCCACAGGUUGCACGUAAACCAUUAACGAAGGAGGCCAUAUCUCACUCCGUAGCUGCAUUUGUACCACGGAGCUCGGCUGCAACCGUUAACGGCGAGUCAAGUCUGCCUCUCCGCAGCAUGACAUCUGGGUUCUGGGGUUCUACGCUCAGCGGUAACAGCGAUCAGAAGCGUGCUUAUUCAGCCGCGCAAAGUGUGGCGCUCACGGUACCUUUGCCACCACUCACCGCAGAAAUCUUCGCGGAUCCCGCAGACAUCGUCUCUCAAAGAGCUACGCAGCCUCCCGAGGAACCCUUGUCUGCUGCAGACGGCGUUGUGGACACGACCACGGAUAUGGCGGAAGACGAUGUCUUCGUGCUGAAGCAGCUUGGAAAGAAGCGCAAGCGUCCCACAAUCGAUGGCAUGGACGGGCUGGCCGCCCAAAGCGACGAAGUGGCUAUACCAGAAGAUGAAGCAACUGAGCGAGCACGAGAGAAAGCGGAGCGGAAGAAGGCGCGGAAGGAGAUGAAGAGGGCGCAAAAGGGAGCAAUGUUCAAUGAAAGCGAUCCUCACUCGCAAGAGGACGGCGUAGUGGAUGACGAACCCUUUGACUAUGCGGCUGCACCGAGCUUGCUCAAUCCUACUCCGUCCAAGGAAGCCCGAGAAGCGCGAGCAGGGCGGAAGGAGAUUAAUCCCUAUGCGAAGUCACUUGAUACGCCGAAGGGGCUGUCACGGACUCAGAGGGAGAAGGCAGGCCGGAGCAUGACCUAUAGAUCAUAGAUCAUAGAUCAUGACAUGCAAUGACCGCUGCCCGAGACACGACGUCUUCGAGAACGUUUAUGAUUAGCCAUUGAAAUGCUGACGCUAGCGGAAUGUCAUUCUCCCGUCCCUCUUGCGCUUCCCAAAAGCGUCAAAGUCCGUGCGCGUGCUGUGUUCGCGUUCAUCGAGAGUCCCGUGCGCCGUU